AUGCCCAUUAGAAAAGGAGGGGUAAAAUUCGCUAUCGUCGUAGUGGAUUAUUUCACUAAAUGGGCCGAGGCAGAGCCCUUUGCCACCAUCACCGAACAGAAAACAACCAACUUUUUGUGGAAAUCAGUGAUCUGCAGGUUCGGCAUACCUCACUCCAGUGUUACGGAUAAUGGAAAACAGUUCGACAACGCACGACUUUUAGAUUUUUGCGAAGAGCUCGGCAUCAAGAAACAUUUCUCAUCACCAAACCAUCCACAUGCAAACGGCCAAGUCGAAGCCAUUAACAAGAUUAUUAAGCGUAUAUUGAAAGCAAAACUCGACUUGUUUAAAGGAGGAUGGGCCGAAGACUCCCCAGUGUGUUAUGGUCUUAUCGUACUACUACAAGGACAAGCACAUGAGAAACCCCAAAUCAACAUUCCUUCGCUGCGCAUAGCUGAUUAUGACGAAGAAAGGAACUACAUAGCUCUUCGCACGGAACUUAACCUAACUGAGAAAAAAAGGAACAAUGCCAAACUCAAGAAUGUCGUUUACAAACAGCGAAACGUCAAGUACUAUAAUAAAAAAGUACGAAAAAGAGAAUUUGAGAUAGGAUCCCUCGUCUUACGGAAGGUAUUUCUCCUUACAAGAGAGAUCGACAGUGGAUGCUUAGGUCCAAAUUGGGAAGGUCCCUAUCUGAUAACGAAGGUCCUGCUAAAAGGAGCAUAUGAACUGGAAGACUUGGGGGUAGAUCCUUAUCCCAUCCUUGGAAUGUCGAACACCUUAAGCAGUACUAUCAGUGAACGGAAAAAGCCCCCUUCCCGAUCUAAGGUCGUAUGUGCUGUGACACUUAGUGGAAAAUUACUCCUAAGGAAUCUCAUAAAGUCCUGCUCCAUAUGCAGGCCGAUCUAA